AAUUAAUUGAAUGUGUCAGAUAGAUGACCCUGUUAGUGAUAAUUGUGAAUUUGUAUGGCUUGUGUGCAUCUUGGCCGUCCAUCCCACCAUCCAACCAUCCAUCCAUCUGUCUCUAUUGUCAAUGUGAAAAAAAAAAUAAAAAAUCGAAAUCGACUUCACAAAUUCUUCAUCAUUAGGAGCUAUUUUACACAUAAUUAAGAACCAAAAACGAAUCAUCCCAAAAAUAAUUAGCUGUCAUGUCAUGAAUUCUACAUCGCAAACUACUAGUCAAUCUUUGGCUAGGCGGAUUUGAAUUUUCCGACUCCUGCUGAUUAUGGGAAGGUGAUGAGGAACCUGGGUGAAUAUUUUUUGGCAAUAUUUGGAAUAAUUUUGAGUUAUAUCUGCUAUACCACUUAUUUCUCCUCAUUGUCAUGUUCACCCUACCUCUUCACACUUUAGAUGACAGUUAGUUAUCAGACGGACUAAAAUUAAUCUUUUUGAAUCGAGUAAUCGAAUUCUCCUCCUUGUAGAUUUUGGAAAUAAAUAUUUCAACUCAGACAUCAACAUCACAAAUGAAUAUCGGCUUUGUAAUUCACCUAGUAAUAUGCUCAUUAACACAAUUCAUCAUCUAUCCAUCAUUGACUGAAGAGGUCGCCAGAGGAGAUCCAUUGAGAAAAUACUCUACGCAUGAUACACAUCGUUUGACGAGACACCUAAGAAGUGGUCAGCUGUUGGUUACUCCUGGUAGGAGAUACCCGUAUCACAGGCUUGCUCGAAAUCAUUUGAAUCAAACAAAUCGGUUUAGUAAAUUCAAAUCAAUAUCUACUGAGCAUAGAUUAAAUUCACCCUACAACAAUCAUUCAACUCAUAAUAAUCACAAUAAUCAUGAAAGACUUCUUAAUGCGAUAGACUAUUUUAUUCCAGAAUCGGUAAUAUUUGAACCAGAAAAAGAUUUGGCACAACUGUAUCCUCGAAGUUAUUGGCUUGAUCCUUGUAAAGCAACUGCCUACUAUGGGGAUAUUGCGUUAGAUGAACAAGAAUCACAGGUGAUGACAUCGAAGGGCAUAACACUGUCAGAUGACCCAUCCCAGGUAUGGAAUUUAGAAGAACCUGAAGAGAUGAACAGCAAUUUACAAAACCACCCCAAGAGACACACACUGAAACCUCUAAAGGAUACAAAAGAAGCAUCUGGUAUACACGUUGCGACCAAUCCAAACAGUCGAAAACAAAACUUGAAUCAGCAAAAUAACACCAACUUACGUAAUAUUCAACUUAAAAAGUUCAAAGAUGUAAAUGAUGAGAGAAGAACUCGAAGAAAAAGAAGAAGACAGCGAAACAGGGAAGAACAACUCAGACGGCAAAAAUAUCGUCGACUUCUGGCGAAAACGGAAGCAUUUAUCCAACUAAAUCAAACAUAUUCAUCCCAAAAGCCUAACAAGUUAAAUCUAACUCCAGAACAAAUCAAUACUAGUAGAUCUUAUCAAGGCAGAAGACGUUCAAAAAGAGCUGCUACAGCGUAUGUCUCAAGAACAUGGCCCAAUGGCGUUAUACCCUAUAUUAUACAGGCGAAUUUUUCAAGUGAAACAAAGGCUACAAUAAUGAAAGCAAUGCGUCACUGGGAAAACUACACUUGUCUUAGUUUUGUUGAACGCCAACCACAACACAGAUCCUACAUAAUUUUCACAGAAAAGGCAUGUGGUUGCUGUUCAUAUGUAGGAAGACGUAGUGAAGAUGAACCUCAGGCUAUAUCGAUUGGUAAAAAUUGUGAUAAGAAAGGAAUUGUAAUCCAUGAACUUGGUCAUGUAAUUGGAUUUUGGCAUGAACACACUAGACCGGAUCGAGAUGAACAUGUAGAUAUUCUACUUGACAAUGUUGUUGAAGGACAAGAUUUCAACUUUAAAAAAAUGGAUCCAGGUGAAGUGAACUCCCUUGGUGAACCGUAUGACUACAGCUCUAUCAUGCAUUAUGCUAAAGGAACCUUUGCGAAAGCAAAUAAAGAUGAGACGAUCAGACCAAAAGCCUGUUGUCCUCGACCACCGAUUGGUCAAAGAAUUCAACUAAGUCCCGGUGAUAUUCGACAGACAAAUAAACUAUAUUCCUGUCCAGCCUGUGGUCGUACACUUCUAGAACCAGCUGGCAGUUUAUCCUCUCCACAAAUGGCAUGGAAAUUGGAGGAUCAAUUCCGUGGAAGUGCUAACGCCUCACUGUUUCCAGAUCCUAUAGGUAUGGAACAUUCAAUUCAAUUGGGUAAUGCUUUAUCCGUAGCCCAUCUUCUACCAGACGACAGUGAAAAUAUGUAUCAUCCGUAUAAACCUUUAACAAACGGUAACAUCAUUGACGGUAACGAAGAUCAUAGUCUCAUUGGUAUGGUCAAUGAUGGUCAUCCGUACAAUUCAUAUAAAGGAUCAUUCAGUGCUGAAGAAGUUUCAAUGAUUGCAAUGAGUCGAUCAUCAAAAUCAACUGUAUCCUCUGCAUUGGGAUUCACAUCAGCCAGUCCUAUACUAUGUCAAUGGAGAAUAAAUGCAGCUUCUGGGGAGAGAAUUCGUUUAAAUUUCACUCAUAUAGAUAUAUCUGGACCUAUUACACAAGAUUCAAUGCCCACGUCGACUAAUUUGAAGAGUCCGCAUAAAACGUAUGAAUUAAAUCAGAAAUCUGUUCAUCGUAUUUCAUGUAUUAAUGACUAUGUGGAGAUACGGGAUGGGUAUUACUUUGGUUCACCGUUAAUUGGUCGAUAUUGUGGUCAAACUUUGCCUCCACCGCUAAUUUCAACUGGAUCACGUCUUUGGUUAGAGUAUAGACGAUCAGCUGGAAGUAUGACGACAGGUUUUAUUGCUCAUUAUGAAGCUAUCUGUGGUGGAGAACUACACAUGGAAGAAGGUACCCUCACGAGUCCAAAUUAUCCAGAAUUUUAUCGACCAAGUAAAGAAUGUAUAUGGCAAAUUAUUGUACCAGUUGGUUAUUCAGUCGCUUUGAUAUUUCAUUCUUUUCAGCUUGAAAAACAUGAUACUUGUGUAUACGAUUACCUGGAAAUCCGUGAUGGGUUAAAGGAGACAUCUCCACUGUUGAAGAAAUUGUGUGGAUCUCAAUUGCCUACGCCAAUAAAGUCGACGAAUAAUGUGAUGUAUGUGAAAUUUGUAUCGGAUAGUUCUGUAGAGAAACAAGGAUUCACAGCCACUUUUCAGAAAGAAUUUGAUGAAUGCAAAACAAUGAAGCAUGGUUGUUCACAUACCUGUGUCAAUACACUCGGUGGUUAUCGAUGUCAAUGUGAAAUUGGUUAUGAACUCAAUGCAGAUGGAAAACAUUGUGAAGAUGCUUGUGGUGGUGUAAUAAACGAGUCGAAUGGUACAAUACAAACUCCAUCAUUUCCUGAUUUGUAUCCACCUCGGAAAAAUUGUAUAUGGAAAAUUUUAGCACCGCCUAAAACAACAAUAUUUCUAAACUUUACACAUUUUAAUUUGGAAGGCCGUAAUAGAGAAUGUAGAUACGAUUUUAUCAAUGUGUAUAGUGGUCCAACAGAUAAUCAAAAGAAAAUUGGUACAUUCUGUGGGGAUCAAAUCCCACUGCCGAUAACUUCGCAUACAAAUGAGUUGAGUAUUGAAUUUUAUUCUGACAAGUCAGUACAACGUACAGGAUUUCGUGCUGUAUUCUUCACUGAUCGUAAUGAAUGCGAUGAUAACAAUGGGGGGUGUCAACACUUGUGUACAAAUACAAUUGGUUCCUACUAUUGUGCAUGUCGACCUGGUUUCAAUCUCUAUGGGAGAUAUGAAUGCAAAGAAAAUGUUGAAACUGGCUGUCAGCAAGAUAUUUCCUCACCCGAUGGAGAGAUAAUCACACCCAACUGGCCAAAUGAAUAUCCUAUGAAACAGACAUGUCAUUGGAAGAUAACAGUUACACCUGGUCAUCGUGUAAAAAUUAUAUUUGCGGACUUCGAACUUGAACCGCAUCAACAGUGUAUAUACGAUCAAGUCAUUGCGUAUGAUGGACCGACAAACACUUCAGCUGUACUCGGUCAAUACUGUGGUAGUCAUAAACCUGGACCAAUUAUCUCAUCACAAAAUCAAUUACUGCUAACAUUCAAUUCAGAUUCAUCAGUACAACGUAAAGGAUUUAGAGCACAACAUACAACAAUUUGCGGUGGUCAUUUAACUGCUGACAAUGUGCCACAGACAAUCUAUUCACAUACAAAAUUCAGUGAUUUAGAUUAUGAAUCCAAUCAGCAAUGUUAUUGGACGAUUACACCAAAACUGGAGAAUCAUACAGUCCUGCUAAGGUUUCUCUACUUUGAAGUUGAAGAGGAAACGCUAUGCACAUACGACUAUCUGAGAAUUUUUGAUGGAGCCGAUACGAAAGGAAAGCUUCUAGGUGGAUUUUGUGGGCGUACACUCCCGAAUACAUUUCUAUCGAAUUCUGGCCAGUUGUAUCUUCAAUUUGUUAGUGAUGAUACAGUGGGGAGUAAAGGAUUCCAAGCUCAAUACCAAAUGAUUCCAUAUGGAUACAAACUGCCUAAACAUGAAAUCGAUUCUCAAGCAUUAAUCAAUCAAGUCGCCACAUCAACAUCAUCUUCAAGCGUUUAUUAUGGUAAAAAUGAAAUGCUUCAACAAUAUCAACCAUUCCACGGGAAUCGUUAUCUCUUUCCACCUGCAUGGGGUACCGGAAGAAUUCGUUAUUUUGGCGAUACACGUCAUUCAGAUAUGACAGGGAAUUAUCAAUCGACACGUCCAUUUCAGCAUCAUAAACAAGCCUAUCAACAACACCAACAGCAACAACAACAGCAACAAUCAGCUAUACGACAAACGUAUCCUACAGUAUAUCCACGGAAUAACUUUUAUCCAAGACACAAUGAAAGAUUCCCCAUUAACAGAGAAGAGAAUUCACAAUUACCUUGGCGAUUUGCAUAUAGCUAUCCACAACAGUUUAAGAGUUCAGCAAUGCCUAUGCUUAACAAGAACCGUUUUGCUCCACGUCCACCCUAUAUCACUUAUAAUCUGCAUUCACCAAAUUCAGUUGUUUUAAAGACUAGGUUAUCCUCACCGCCUUCUCCGGCAACAACAACAACAACGACAACGACACCAACAGUGCAUACAUCCAGUCUCCUGUCACAAGGUUCAAUGAAUUCACAAAAAUCACGAACAGGUAGUACAUGGCAUGUACGACCAGGUCGGGUUGUUUAUCAACCACAAUUAAGCAUUAUCAAUAGAAUAAUUCAACCAACGAAAACAUCAUCAACACAUAGAAAUCAACGAAAUGUAAUCGAACAAGCCGGUAAGAAUUCAAUGCGUUUUCGUGUCAUGACUGAAAGAAUUCAUCAAAAUACACCGCAGUAUUCUGGUGGAAGUCAAUGGAGGCAACAGAAAACCCGAUCAUUGAAUUCGAUCACAUUGUAAUCAUAAAUUUUAAAAAAAAAGUAGUCUAAUCAAAAGUUUGUGAACGUACAUUUAGGAUUUUUGUGUGUUUUAAUAAGGCGGUUGUUCAAUUGUCUGUCAACAGGUGGAAUAGAAAGAAGAAACAAAAUGGUGAUAUUUGACAACUUGACUAUUUACUGAAUAUAAAGACUUUUAUUUUUUUGUGUUGUUGUUAUUGUUGUUGUUGUUGGUGGUGGUGGUGGUGUUGGUGUUGUUCUCUGACUUCUUCGCCUUCUUGUGUAUUAUAAUCGCAAAAUGAAACAUUCUCUCUAUUUAUUGUUAAUGAUAAUUUAUAUAAAUUAGGCAAUGUUUAACUGUUUUGCAUUUCAAAGUGUACUCCAUUCUACUAUUAUUAUGAUUACUAUGAUUAUUUCAAUUCCUCGCUUCGUGUUUCCACUUUGCUGGGCAUUCUCGUGACCUAAAAGACGACAAGGUGUAACACUCAAUAACCACUGAUCGGAUGUAACACUGCUGUUAUUAUUGUUGCUAUUAUUAUUAUGAUGAUGAUUACUACGUAAAAAUUUAAUAAUCUGUCGUAAAACACUUUGAAUUUGUAUCACUGAAUUGUUAACACACAACCUAACUGAGUGACUGCUACAAUUAAUGUUUCUAUUUCAAUUGAGUUUUGAUGUUUCUGU